AUGAGAUUCAGCCUUGAUUUUGCCGGGCUAGCAGCCCUCUGCGGUGCUCAGGGGCUCAACUUCACCGCCGUUGCCGAGGCAGCGAUUGAUGCCAUGAACAAUGCCUUCUAUUCCCCAGCCGAUGGCCGCUGGUCACCGGGCGACGCCUGGUGGCCCAGCGGCGUUGCCUUGACCAGCGUGGUCGACUACAUGCGCAAGACAGGUUCGGGCCAGUACCUUUCCUAUGACCACCGCAUAAUUCAAGCCCAGCGGGCACCCCUUCCCUGGUGGCCGCACGGCGCCGGCGAGUUCCGCGCCCAGACGACCGACGACACGGCCUGGUGGGCGCUGGCCAUGGUCCGGAUGUAUGAUCUCACGGGCUCCAGGGAGUACCUCGACAUCGCUCUGAAGGACGAAGCCUACAUGUACCAGAACUGGACCGAUGCUGACUGCCAGGGCGGCAUCUAUAACGCCAUCGCAAACGAGCUGUACAUCAAGCUUGCCGCCUCCCUGUACAACCGGCUCAAAGGCCAGCAAGGCGCCGAGUAUCUCCUCGCUCGCGCUGAGAGGGCCUGGUUCUGGUUCCGCGAGUCCGGCAUGAUCAACAGCGACAACCUCGUCAACGACGGCCUGGUCAAGGGCGAGGACGCCCUGUGCUACAACAACAAGCUGCCCGUGUGGACUUACAAUCAGGGCGUGAUACUAGGCGGCCUAAACUCCACCUCGCCACGCAAAACCCCAGACUACCUCAGCGCAGCCCAACAAAUCGCCGACGCAGUCCUCUCCUCCAGUGGCCUUACCUCGCCCGGCACGGGCACGCUGACGGAGCAGGCAUGCGAGCCUGCGGGGACAUGCAACGGCGACCAGCAGCUGUUCAAGGGCAUCUUUGCCGCCAAUCUGGCCGAGCUGGCCGCUGCCACUGUCGCCGCUAACGACCACCGGAAACGGGAAACGCAACGCCAAAACCGCUACCGCGACUACCUGGCUCGCAACGCCGAGAGCGCCUACGCCAACGCCCGCGCCGUCGUCCCCGGCGCGGGGGACUGCUACGGCCUGAGCUGGGCCGGCCCGGGCCCGGGGCCAUACGACGGUACGGGUACUGGGAAGACGCUGUCGAAACAGGCUAGUGCGGUUGCCUUGUUCGUGGGGUUGAUUUAG